AUGUGGGUGGGGGGGUUGGGGGAGGAGAAUGCGCAUGCCACUCUCUGCAACAGAGGGACUCCAGCUGUGCAGCUCCUCUGUCCUUAUUGCCCUGGAGCAGUGGAGUUUUCCACAGAGGUUCUGGCUCUCCGUCAUGCAGAACUGCUUCACUCAGGGGGAGGCAUGGCCGCAUGCAGCAGUGCUCUGCCAAGUGUGCUCACCCUUGUUUUGUCCAUACUACUGCUCCUCCAGCUUCUGGUCAGUUUGAUAGUGCUCCGCGAUUCGUCCGCACCCGACUUUACUGUCAUCAGUAUAAGUAGUCACGAAUCCGGAUCAUUAGACUCCGGCGCGGGUGGACGCACGGAUAGCGCGUCGGAACUCUGGCCAAAUGAGGAGACGGCGGCACGCCUGCGCGCCUACGCCGACGAGAACGAGUUGAACUCUGGCCAGGCCACAGACAGCAAAUUUGUGCUUCAACCUUGGGCAUCAGGACAACCAUCUUUUAGUGCUGAAGUGCAGCGUCUUGUCCAAUUCAUUAGUACACCAGAGUUGAAUUGUUCCAGAUGGCAGGGUUCUGGUGAGUCUGGGUUUGCAUAUGUUGGGGAAGGAUCUGCGACUCUGUGCUUGGAUUACUGGAACGCUGACAGUCCUUGUGUUGUUUACUCUUUCAGUCUGGACGGGAAGGACGCAGCACUUCUGGAAUCUACAUUACGUAUGAAAUGUGAAGUGCAUCGCUUUGACCCUAGUACUGGGCACAAACAUGGUAGUGGCUUUGGCUAUGGAUCUGUCCGACAUCAUCAAGCUUGGCUUGAUUGGAGACGCCCCCAUGCUAGACCCUACAGGGGAGUUUUGGGGACUAUACAACACAGCCUGGUGGACAUCAUGGACUCACUAGGUCAUAGCAUGGUGCAUGUCCUGUGGGCAGAUCUUGAGAGUGCAGAAUGGCGUGUGCUGGAGAGUUGGGCACAGGAUGGAACUCUCAGACGGAUCAGUCAGCUCAUUCUGACUGUACAUCUACAGUGGGCAGGGUUUGAAGUGGGUGGGACUGAGGCCGGAGUAGUGCGAUUCUGGUACAGUGUACUGAGUGCUCUGCAUAGCUCAGGCUUCCGCCUGACCCGCUCAACUCCUGGGCCAGGACACACUGUAUUGAGACAAGAACAUCCCAACACACACAGUUCAUACAAACUUACCUGGAUCAGGAGGGGUGAACAAUUUAAAUGAUAACCAGCAAUUCUUCAGAUUUAGAAAACUGUCGCAAAUGCCAAUGAAGAGGAAAAAGACUUUUCUAAAAGAGGAAUUGGGUUGGUGGUGGUGUUAUUGACAACACUAAAGUAUUUUCUAUAAGACCAUUAUAUCUGGUAUAAAGUGGUAAACUUGAGGUUACCAACCAAGUGACAAGGAGUGUGAGAUUGUGACUAAGGUCUGCUUUCACACUUCAAUCAAUUUGUCAAUUCUGACAUAAAAAAAAAAUGCAAUAACUAAUGUGCAUAUUUCAUAUUUUAAACAUUAUUCCAUAUUAAACAGAAUUAUAUGUUGUCCAUAUUUACUAUAAUAACAUGCAUUCACAGUAAAAUUUGUGAAAUAUAAAUUAGUGAAAUAUACAUUUACUUUGUUCCGCCAGGGGACGCUGCAGUACCCUCUAUUUUGUAUGUGAAACGCUUUUUACAGUUAGACGUACAGUAUGCUUAUGUACAGUAUGCCUAUACACAUGUUUGUAAUAAUUAUAAAAUCUGCUCAAGCUAAAUGCCAUGCAUGUUGAGAACUAUAAAUGUGUAGAUAAAAUUGAUAGGGCCGUUUAUUUACCACACAUUAUUAUACAAAUUAACGGUGCACUAUAGGAAUUAAAACAAUUUUUAAUUAUAUAAAUUAAGCCCUUAAAAAAAACGGAUUAUUAAGAGAUUUCUCUUUGUUGGAAUUAGGCUUUUUUUUCUUUUAAUAAAGUGGGAAUCAAUAUGGUAAUUAGAGCUUUGGAAUAACGUUUUAAGUUAUAUCUUUCAUAAAUUUCUUUCCUUUUUUUGCCAAUUAUAUAAUGUAUGUGGUGCCCUCUAUUGAUCAAAUUUAGUUAAAGCUGUUUCUACAGAAUUCUAAUCGUUACCCUACCCUUACAGUAUUCUAGGAGUGCAAACACCUGUCUUUGCAUAUUUAGAAUAAUUUUUCACAUUAGAUUUAUCAACCUUUGUUGACGUAGACAAUAAAAGUAUAUGCAUCAAAUAAAUAUUAAAGUGUAUAUAAAUUUA